AACAAUAAGUUUGAAUGCUGGAAUGCAUGCUAUUUGAUAGGCGAGAGGUCGUCGUACUCGCGUAGGCUUCAAUUCGAGGUGGUGAUACCGAUGUUUUCUUGAUCGGAGCCCUCGUCUUCAUUAAUAUCAAGUUCAACAAAGCUCCUGAAGCGAGUCCUAUGCAGAACAGAAACCAGGACCAAGGGCUAACUCAACAGCUUUCAUUGAUAAAACAUGUGUAGCAUCACGUUCGUGGAUAUCUUUGACUAUUUUGAAUACAUUUCCUUGAUCAGUAGCUACGAAGAAUAUGGUACUAUGGCGACCUGCCAAAUCAACAACAUUCUCUUCUACAAGAAUUUCUGUAAAUCGAUCCGUUCCGUAAUGUACAAAUAGAGGUGAGGUGCUUAGCUUUGUGGAAAUAAGCGGAUUAUUCCGUAUGUAGGUGUGCUCAUAAGUGUCGUUAGCCCUUGGGCAAGCCACCUUUUUGUUCCGAAAAACGCUUGCCAUCCGUUGCGAGACGGUAGCGCGUGA